GUUUUGUUAAAUCGGAUAAUCUCCACAUGUCUACCCUACUUUUAUCAUUUUAGAAUCAUAAAUCGAAUCGAAAGAUUUAUGAUUUUAGGACGCGUCACUGCACCACUCUAUACUGUUGGGUUUCGGGAUGCUGGGAGGAGUAAAUGGCCAGAAAGAAUCCAAGAAACUUCUUGUAAAAUUAACAGGGUUUUAAUUAUAGUAAACAUGACGUUCCUCUGAGGCUGCGACGGGAGAGGGGCCAUAUAAACGUUUCAAAUCCGAUUAUAAACUCUAUUGACGUAGCUAAACAUCCCUUCAUAAGCAUUUAAAUAGCUAUAUACAUGAUUGUUAACCAUAUAGUAACAGUUGAUAUGUUAGCAUCGAUGAGUGGCAGUUGGAGACGGUGUGUUUAGUAUGUAACGACACGCGUUUUUAUCCAUCUCUUCACUAAUGCUGCUUGAUAUGCUACAUCCUACUGUGAAUGCUAAAAACAAUGCAACUUCCGGUUCCGGAAGCUACUACCCCCGAUAUUGGUCCGUGGGGGAACAAUACAUCAGUGGACUAAAGUUCCGGUUUAAUUUGUAUAUUGAUUAUUCUCACAAUACAAACAAUUUUAACGAGCCCUGAAUUAUGGGUUUUCUUUGAGACGUAGGAGCUGAGUUGAGGCUUAACAAUGAUGUGACAGAAAUACUCACUAAUAACUUUGGACAUAAUUGUGUAAAUAAUAAUGAGAUAACUAUUCUGGGGGUUUUUGGUUUCAAUUAGAACUAAAAAACAAACGGUUAAAACGUACCUUGGUCCUAUUUAGUUUUAGUUUUGUGUUUACAAAUUCAGACUGGACCAACAUAUGGAAGAAAAAUGAUGACUGGUUACCUGGCCUCAAAAGGAAUCCGAGCAUCAGAGGGGCGUGUUGGUCGUGUCCUCAGAGAAACGAACCAGCCAUAUCAUGCAGAUCGGUAUCGUAGAUUAAGGAAUUUAAAUCCAGUGCCAUACAGUGCAGAGUACAUGGGUCACAAAUUGCACAUUGACCAAAACGAGAAACUGGUGAUGUAUGGGGUGACCCACGUCCUUGCCGUGGACGGAUUCUCCAGCAACAUUGAGAAAUUGGCAGACUACCGGAAUAACACAGGCAGACAGCCAUACAUGCAAACAAAGUCAACACAGAAUCAUAUUAUAGAAAGGAUGUGGCCAGAGGUAAACAACAGGGUAAACUACCCUCUGAAAGGCGCACUCAACCACCUUGUUGACCAGGAGGAACUAAACCUUGAAGACAACAUCACACGAUAUUGUGUGUCCACUCUUACCUGUCAGGUAGCCAACAUUGGACUUGCCCGGAUGGUGCAGUCCUGGAACAGAAUCCAAGGUAAGGGUAUCCCAGAUCAACUUGCUCAUGGUGGAUGCCCAAAGAGACUGCCUGCAGAUCUUUUGCCUGAAGCUACAGAUGCUGCAGACUGCUAUUACCAGGAAGUGGGGUCCUCUCUGACACGAGUGUCGCUGUUUGGGAGAAACCCAUUUGCCACUGUGGAGCACCAGACAGCAGCUGAACAAGAAUUUGCAACGAACUAUGCGGACAUUGCUGAACUCUUUGAGCGUGCCAUUCAUAACCAGCCAGCACCAUUCCAAAACGGGAUAAAGGAUCUCAUAGACAUUGUAAGAAGAUACGUGUAAAGGCAAGUGCAGGGAUCAGGAGCCAGUGUAUACCCAGGUUGCUGGACUGUCUGCAGCACUGGAUGCUUUAAGGGCCCUCCCCUAAAGUGGACAGCAGUUCAGUCGUUUAUUGUUAAGUUUAUUGUUAAGUUUAUUGUUUAUUGUUAAGUGGUGUGUGUUCAAAUUCCAGGUUCCAUGAUAUCAUCAUACAGAAAAUAAUUGUUGUAGUUUUCUUUAGCUGUAUGACUUGUUAAUUGUUCAUCUGCAAUGUUUAAUAAAUGGAGAAUUGUUUGAAUGUGUGUCCAUGGUAUGUUUAAUUAUGUUUCUAAACACAGGCAAAUAGCUGCAUACGUAAGGCAAUACAAUCAAACGCUAUUAUUUUAUCAUCCACGCACCAACAGAACAUUUGGAAAUCAGCCAUUAAUCAGAGGUUGUCGAAGUAAUCAGAUCUUGUUCUUGAGUAAAAGUAGAAGUACUCAGAUCUUGU